AUGGUAUCACAGGCUCCUGAUCGCCAGUCUGGCGGCGUCAAUGACCAGGAAACUGACGGAAAACGUAAAGGUUGUGCAACAUGUCUUCGCCGGCGAAUUCGUUGCGACCAAACUUUGCCUAGUUGUCGCAAAUGCGAGAGAAAAGGUUUGACGUGCCCAGGCUACGAACGUCGCCUCCGGUGGGCCGGCGCCAUUGCAGUCCGCGGUCGAUUUCGGGGGAUAGCAGAACCUCGACAAUUGCAUGGGACAGGAGCCUCUCAUGAACAUAUCGUCAUCGGUCCGUCCCAUGUCCGCGGAAAAGAAAUAUCAUCCGAACAGGUGGCCAAAUGGAGCGACGUUGCUGUCGACAUAGCACGAUUAGUACCUGGGGCACUCACAACCGCCGAGAUAUGUGGAAUGGUUCACUACUAUCACGAUCGUAUCGCUGGAAACAUGGUCUGGAUUGAUUCGCCUAGCAAUCCAUACAAACGACUGGUCAUUCCACGUGCCAGAUCCCAACCCAUCCUACUGCUCGCUAUACUCACUAUAGCAUCGGAGCACGAUGCUAUGUCCCGGAAAGCUUCCUCCUCAAUGUUCUCCAAAAACGCUCACGACAUUGUGAUUUCUCACAUCACGCGGGAACUCGAACGUACUGUAAACAUGAUGAGCAGCAGCGGCGCGGCAGUAUCACUUGAACUUCACACUGUGGAAUGGAUAUUGGCGUCAAUCUUGGUCUUAUCAAAUUACGAGUGUAUUGGGAGUCAGUCGAUGCUGUGGUGUUCCCAUCGACUUGGCGCACGAACCCUGAUCCACGCUGUCUCCAUCUCCCGAUCCGAAACAAGCGAGCUCUAUCAAUUUCUACGAGCGCAAUUUUCCACAAUUGAUAUAUUGGCGUCAACCACAACUCGCCUUCAUAUGAAUAGCCAAGACGUCGUCCUUCAAGAAUCCAACGACCCGGAGGCCAUAUUAUCAGAAUACAUGAAGUUGAUCCAUGAAAUAAACACUUACACUUGGAAAGGCGAAACGAAUACCUCGCAGAUCCCACCUGCAAGCGUUCUUCGCACCAAGUUCGAAACAGUUCGUGGCCUAACUAUGAUGAACGCUGCCGCUUCGCCCGCACUUGCAGAUGAUAGUACACGACUGCACUUCAUCUUGCUAGCGGAUGUUUUUCAUACAGCAGCACUACUCUUUGCCUAUCGUACUGCCUGCCGCCUAAAGCCAGAGGAUCCGGCCGUUCAGGUCUUGUCAAAAGAGCUCAUGGAGAAACUGGACCACUUCAUUGCAAACGUCCCACUUAUUCAAACUUUGCCUUGGCCAGUACUCAUCGCUGGAAUAGAGAGUCACGGGUUGGAGGAACGACAAGUUCUCGUCUCCAAAUGGUACCAAGCAAUCAUUGAGGGAACCGGGUUCAACAACUACAAGGAGGUGGAGCUCUUCCUGGUAGAGUAUUGGGCAGGGAAUGAAAAGAACUGGCGCAAAAUGGCAGAGCUGUGGGAAAGGCAAGGCAGGCCUGUAUUGGCGGUGUGA